GACGAUAGAUAGAUAAAAACUUAAACUUUCUCUGCACCGUGAGACUGGAACGACUCCACUCUGGCCACCUGCGCAAUCCAAGUAGUCCUCUUAAACUGGCAUAAGUCAAUGGUUUAGACACGUGGACGUGGUCCUACAUAGGUUGCCACCACGUAAGCCGCCGAGAGGAAGAUAUCCUCUGGUUCUAUUCUAUUAUUGUGUGUAUAUACGAAUGAAAAUAUUCAAUUUUAAGGGUCACCCAGAAAAGUUCUUACUUCUCUUUCACGGCUGAUAAGCUGAUUCAAGCAGUUGACUUGAGGAGGCUGAGCCUGGUCUUUUUCCAUUCCAUGAUCCAUCCAUCCUUCUAUUCUAUAUCCUCUGUAGCUGUUCAAGAAGAACAGAGGAAAGGGAAAUUCAUCGAUUCAGUCAUUUUAUUGAAUAUUCUAAAGAUGAGGAGGCUUGGAGUGGGAUUUGUUUGACAAGUCGCACCAGUCAGGCCGCGCCACCACCAGACCAAUCAACAAAUCCCGCGGUUUCAACGACCCCCACCUCAAACACUUUCUUUUUCUGUUUAAGCCAAUUUCUGCAAGCAGCCCAGCUACCCACCUCYCUCAGUUGUUGCACAGGAAGACGAAAGUUUUCAUCUUCCAUAGUUUAGUAUUGGUACCCGCGGGAUAGAUCUGAUCUCUUGUCGAUUUCGGUAGCUAGAGAGAGAAGAUGAACGAUCUAUUCUCAGGCUCCUUCUCCCGAUUCAGAAGCAACGACGUAGAUCAUGAACCGCCGUACUCCGGCGGAGGCGGCGGUGGUGGAGCUGUGCAGAUGGGAACCGUGGGAGUGAACCUCGACAAGUUCUUCGAGGACGUGGAAGGGAUCAAAGACGAACUCAAAGAGGAAGAGAGGCUCCACCAGCGUCUCCAAGAUUCCCAUGAAGAGAGCAAGACCCUCCACAACGCCAGGUCAAUCAAGGACCUCCGAGCCCGGAUGGAUGCCGACGUCGCCCUUGCGCUCAAGAAGGCCAAGAUGAUCAAGGUCCGCCUCGAGGCACUGGAACGCGCCAACGCCGCUAACCGCAGCAUCCCCGGCUGCGGACCGGGCAGCUCCUCGGACCGAACGCGGACGUCCGUGGUCAGCGGGCUGAGGAAGAAGCUCAAGGACCAAAUGGAGAGCUUCAACACGCUGAGGGAGAGAAUCUCGACGGAGUACAAAGAGACCGUGGAGCGGAGGUACUUCACUGUAACGGGGGAGAAGCCCGAUGACCGGACGGUGGAUGCUUUGAUAUCAACGGGGCAGAGCGAGAACUUGUUCCAGAAGGUGAUACAGGAGCAAGGGAGAGGGACAGUGAUGGACAUCGUGUCGGAGAUACAGGAGAGGCACGACGCGGUGAAGGAGAUAGAGAAGAACUUGAGGGAGCUGCAUCAGGUGUUCUUGGACAUGGCGGUGCUGGUGCAGACACAGGGAGAGCAGCUGGACGACAUCGAGAGCCAAGUGGCCCGGGCGAAUUCCUUCAUCAGGGGAGGAACCGAGAAGCUUGUUACAGCCAGGAAGCUUCAGAAGAAUACUAGGAAAUGGGCUUGCUUUGGGAUCACCCUCCUGCUCAUCGUCGUCCUCAUAAUUAUUCUGUCACUCAAACCUUGGAAUUGGGGGGGCAGCUCAGGCGGUGGUUCACCGGCAGCCCCGGUAACUUCAGCACCAUCAACGCCAACACCGCCAUCACCCCCACAGCAGUGAGUUCUCUGAUCUGAAUCUACUUUUAUUUUACCCCCUUUUUUUUGUUUUUUACUUUUUUGCUUUUAUUUGGGUUGCUUGAUGCGUUGAUGUAUGUAAUCUGAUGAUUUUCUCAGAUUUUUUUUCCUUGCUGUUAUUAUUAUUAUUAUCUUUAUUUUUGGAAUGAGGAUGAUCAGUGGAGCCAAAAUUUGGAUGUAUUUUUAAUGGUGAAAUGGGCAGAAAAGGACGUUGACUUAUCAUCUUAAAAGGGAAUUCUUUGGAGUUGGUCAA